AUGGAUAGAAAGUUAGGUGAACUCAACGCAUUCAUAUCUCUUCAACGUAACUUUUACGUUCAUGAGAUUGUUACCAAAUAUCCAAAGAUCUCGGUCGAGAGCUUUGGAGAGUUAGAUUCACUCUUUAAUGUUGCACUAGAUUUCAACAAGUUUAAAGCAUUGGGCAAGACAGAUGCUGCAAGACCACUCGUCAACUCUAUCCCUCGCGAGAAGGUGACCAUUAAAAAGAGUGGUCUCAAGCAUGUAUUGCCUAGAGUGUCAGACCUGUUGGGUGCACCAGGCAUCACUGAAAAGUUCUCGUCAAUUAUGGUCUUGUCACCGGGUGCUUCUCUUUCCAACUAUAGAGAUAUAUCCUCGGCUGCCGACGAGACACCUGGAAAGUUUGGCAAGAUGUUCUUCUUUUGGUCGAUUUGGGAUGAGCCUGUUGGAGGACAAGACCCUUACUUUUCAAUCAAAGGUAGGGAUCGUUUGGGAUUGACUCCAUUUGCUUUGGAUAAGAUCGAUCCCAUUCGAUUCCAAUACAUGGCAUUUUACGCAGACAGCACCAUCGAUAUCACUUCAAAUUGUCCUCUUUUAGUAUUGACAUACGAUCUCUAUCGUACGACACAACCAAAUCGCGACAGUCACAAUGAAUUGAUACACUCUUACAUUGAUGUAAACAAGAUACACACUUGUAUCCAAGGUAUCAUGGAAAUGAAAAAGUUACAAAACAAUGGAACACCAUCAGACAUUGCUGCGCCAGACAGAAAAAGAAAAAUACAACACUCAACCAAUGUAAAUAGAAUCAUAUUACAACCAACAAAAUCAUUAUUACCAUUAUAUAGAAAAACUUUUACUUUACUUUCAAAACAAUUUCCUCAAUAUUUUUAUACUUGGGGAACAAUAAGACAAAUUAGAGCAAUGGAAUAUUCACUUUUAGAUAGUAGUAGUCAAAAUGAUCGUAUAGAUUUUUCUAGUGAUUUAAAAAUAGUGGAACAGGAGGAAUUACCAACUCAAAGAAACUUUGGAGAUUUAUUCUAUGUUUUGUGGGACGGUUUAAAUAGUGAACAAUUUUUCACUGUUACAACUCUGUCUUCUGCUUUGGAUACAUUGAAGACUAAAAUGGAUAUUCGUCCAAGUGAAGAGUUUACAACAUUCUUUACAAAAUAUCCAAGUUUUUCUGCACAAGACGCUGCACAGGCAAGUGUCUUUAGUUUCUUUGGUUCACUCCACUCUAAAAGUUUUGGUCUACAAUACACCAAACAAUUUUUACAAUUUCAAAAGAAAAAGACAGAGGCGCCAUUUUGUAUUGAAGAGUUGUAUAAUUCUUGGCGUCGUGCUUCAAAGACUGAAGAUGCAAUCGAAUUGCUCAAAGAGUGGCUUUUAAUCUCUGCAGACAAUGACAAGGUCAUUGUUUACAACUCUAGGUUUUUCGCCAAGGCGUUGGCUGAAACCUUAAAUUCUACCAAUAUUGCCAUCACAAAAGCUAGAAAUCAAUUGAUUGAUUUUUAUUUUUCAAAUUCUACCUUUUGGAUGAUAUGUGGUUGUGCUGCCAAGAGAAAGUUUUGUAAAAAACAUUCCCUAGAGAAUUUGGAACAUGUUAAAUCACUCUUUAGAACCAUCAAUCCGUGUGACAUUGAAACCAAACAAAAAGUCAUUCAGAAAAUAUCGAGCAUUCUCUCAGAGUUUACAUUCAAAGACAUUUUUGUACUCGAUGGGUUGUAUACGGAUAUGAGAACUCACAAGGAUCAUUAUCCCUAUCUCACCAAUGACGUAUUGGCUCAUUUGCUCUCCAACCACAUCUUUAGAUCGAAAAACAGUAUAUCUGUGCGCACUGCCAACGACAAAAAGGAAGUGUACGAGAGAAUGGAAGAAAUACUCAAAUUUUACAAAGAAGAUCCUUCUCAAAUCUCCAAUCCAACCUUUCCAAAUGACUCUAUCAUCAUCACCAAUAUUCGCCAAAAACUAUUAAGUGCCUUUCCACUGACUAACGACCAAGUCGCCAAUUCGCUCGGCAAAUUGAUCGUAGAUACUGUCAAAUCCAUUCUCGAAAGUGGUUUGCCCACCAUUUGCACUCUACUCAUCGAUCUUAUUGUCAAUAUUGCCGUCUUUGUAUUCAUUGGAGCAACUGAUCACUUUAAUCAAAUAUGUCGUCCAAUGGUAGAAUUGAUUGUAUCAUCGCCCAUUCUCAACACAAACCAACCAACUUUUGCAUACUUUUUCUCUCAAUUGCUAUCUCAACUUCAAGAAAGUCUCUCCACCUUUGCUUCAUCACCGCUUUACACCAUUAUACAUGACCAUUGUCUACCUAAAGUUUCUUUACCAGAAAUCGAAAUUCCAGACAUUCAAAUUAUAGAAGCAACCAAACCAAAAAUAUCAGAUCAACCACCACCACAACAACAACAAAAAGAACAACCAAAUGAGGAUGAUAGUAGUAGUAGUGAUGAUAGUGAUAGUGAUAGUGAUGAUAGUGAUAGUGGUAUUUAUAUUGGAACCACUGGUAUAGCUCCGUUGGAAGAAGUAGUAUGGAAGAACCCUGUUUGUGAAUGUGGUACUGUUGGAUGUGCACAAUUCAAUCAAUUCCUCUUGUCAAAAGACCAACAGUUUACUCCAGACUCGUUGGAUGAAAAAGACAAGUUACAUAUUGCCCAGUUGCUUGAAAGCAAGGUCAAAUUAAUAACAAUUCAACUUCAAGCUGGCGCGAAACAAUACAUCAAAAAGUCUGCACUCUACAAUCAAGUUAUCAAUUUGAAUAGGGAUAUGACAUUAUUGUCUGAUACCCUUAAAACCAUGUCUCAAAAUACUGGUGAAGAAAUUCCAACUUUGUUCUUUGAAUCUAAAAAAGAAAAAGAAAAAGUAGCUGCACCCGUUGCCAAGGUUGCUGCUGCCACUGGAAGAGUAAAAAUGCCAGCAACCAAAUCAGCAGCCCAAACAAAACCUCAAUUCAAUCAAGACCCCUCAAAACCAUCCUUGGUGCCUAUACCACCACCAAAAAGGCCCAUGCAAAUUGCGAAAAAAUCAGCACCUCUAAAACCACCAAAAAUCAAAACUACUACUACUACUACUACUACUUCAGCCCCUGCUGCAGGCAAUGGCCAAACGAAAACCUGCAAAGAUGAAGACCAUGUGGCGUGGUGGGGUACAAGUGUCGAGCUUCCAGAAUCAGAGUUUUACUCUAAAAGAAGAACUUGUAAAAAUUCAAAACAACUUGACCAGUACAACUGCUAG